AUGUUGGAACAGUUAAUUAUUUUCACCAGAGGGGGGUUAAUCCUGUGGACAUUUAAGGAGCUAGGAAUUGCUCUGAAAGGAUCGCCAUUUGGUACCCUAAUUAGGUGUUGUCUCUUGGGGGAUCAAUCAGGUGCUUCAUCAUACAACUACGAAAUAACAUCUGGGCCUUCCUACACUCUCAAAUGGACAUUCAACAACGAUCUAGGGCUCGUGUUCGCCGCAGUUUAUCAGCGGAUUCUCCAUCUAAUGUACAUGGAUGAUUUGCUGGAGAUGCAGCUUAAGAAAGAAUCCGAGGAUCGCGCCGAGAAAGCCAGGAAACCUAAGCAGCCUGCGAAGGUUAGCGCCGGCAUAAGUAAUGUGGUUAUGGGUAAGAGAGCUGCUGAUGAAGGUAAACAAAAAAAGAGUGAUGAUGAGGGUAAGGAUGGUAAGAAGUCUAAAUUUAAUGCACUCGAAGACGGGCAUUCCAAUGGCGAUCGUGUCGCGAAAGUGGAAGUAGCUGCAGAAAAAUAUGAUAAUGGUGAUGGAAAUCGGAGUUCUACUACUAUGGCUUUUGACAGAGAUAAGCUGAAGAAGCUGCGAGGAGGAGGAGGCAAAGCUGCAAAAGAAAACUACAAAGUGUCCCAAGGAGGCCAUCAAGAAAGUGCCGAGCGUUUGGAAUGA